AUGUUUUUGGGAGCGCUCGUCGCCGCGCUGCUGCUGCGGCCGCCCCGUGCGGUGGCGGCGUGCCUCUGCGCAUCCUACAUCGGCGGCAGCGUCAACUUUGUGGCGCUCUCCCAGGCCACGCUGCUGCCCGCGGCUGCGCUGCCGGCCACCAUGGCAGCGGACAACCUGGCCAUGGGCGCCCUGCUGACCGCGCUCAUCGCCUGCCCGCUGCGCGUGGUGCGCCGCUUCACCGCGCCGGAGACGCUGCGGGCCGCGGCCGCCUGGAGGAACGCCCGUGCUGCCGCGCGGGGUGGUAACGGCGGCGGCAAGGCGGGGACAGGCAGCCCUGGCAGCAGCGGCACACCCCCAGGCGCGGGCGCGUCGCCGCCGCCGGGCUUCCAGCUGCCAGCUGGUGUGCCAGAAGGAGGCGGCGGGGCCGGCGGCGGGGGCGUCGGCGUUGGUGGCGACCCAGCCAGCGCGGGCGGGCUGUACAUAGCGGAGGUGCAGGCGGCGCUGCAGCGGCAGGUGGCGGUGCCGGUGCGCAUGUCGGGGUCACAGGCGGUGGCCCGAGACGGGUCGCUGCUGCUGACUGAGGAGCCGGCCGCAGCGACUGUCUGGGCGGCCUACCUGCGCAGCCGCGAGCGCGAGGCCUACAGCGCACCAACCGGGGCCCUUGGCAGCGGCGAGGGCACCGCAAGCAAUGGCAACGGCGUGGUGGCCGACGCCGGCGGCAUCGCGGCUGCGGUCGCGGGCGUGGGCUCUGCGCCGUCGUCGACUCCGGUGAUUCCCCCCGAUAUCAGCAGCGGCAGCGACAGCCCCGGGGCCGCCCUGAGCUCCUACGACAGCACCGGGUCGAUGGACGGGGGCGGGCCCCUGGCGCGGGACGGCGGGCCGCUGCUGACGGCGGAGCCCAGCCCCCUGACCCUGCAGGCCGCCUACGCCCGCAGCCGCGACACAAGCCACGACAGCGGCGACGAGGGCGCGGCGGGCCGCAGGGGCGGGCGGCACUCGCGGCUGACGCCGCGCAGCGCUGCGCUGUCACUGGCUGGCGCGGCGCUCGUGUGCUGGGCGGCGCGCGGCCUGGCGGUGGCGGUGGGCACCCCGCACCUGUUCCUGCUGGCGGUGUCGGGCCUGGCCCUUGCGGCGUCGGCGGCUGGCGGCUGGCGGGGCCGCGCCCUGUUUGCGGGCGCCUCGCAGCUGGGCGGCCCCCUCAUGGGCUGCUUCUUUGUCUCCAUCGGGGCCACGUGCAGCGCCGCGGGCGUGUCUCCAGGCGCGCUGGCCCCGCUGCUGGCGUUCAUCGGCGUGAUGGUGGCGGUGCACUGGGCGGUGCUGCUGGCGGGCGCGCGGCUGCUCCGGCUGGAGCCCUCGCUCGUGCUGGUGGCAUCCAACACGCUCAUCGGCGGCCCAGCUACUGCGGCAGGCAUGUCUGCCAGCAGGGGUUGGGAGCGUCUGGUGCAGCCGGCCAUGCUCUGCGGCAGCCUGUCGUACGGUGUAGGCUCCGCCGCGGGCCUGCUGCUUGGCCUCACCCUGGCACGCCUGGCGGCGUGA